AUGGCAAAUCCGGCACAGUUCAUCAUGCAUACCCUGCGGAACUGGAAAUCGUUGCAAAGGGUCGUCAUCUAUCCUCGCAUUGGGUCCUCAAGGGAUGAAAACGAACCACAGAUGCGAACCGUCUAUACUCCGUAUGCUGACAAGAGCCACCGACAACGAGGUGGAUUCCAACAGCCUACGUUCUGGAGAGAUCCUGACGCCCUUCGAACCAGAAUGUUACCGUCGGAGGAUACGAUCAUUCCUGCGGCUCAUGAAGAGCUGGAGUGGUUGGAAGCAUUCCUUAAAGUAUGCGUCCACAUGAGCGCAAUCCAGGAGGAAUGGAAGAAAGGGCAGACGAUAGCAGAGUACUUGCACCUCCACUCAUAA